GGCCGGAAGUGGAGCGGGGCCGGAAGGAAGCGAAGGAACCGGGUGGUUUGCGAGCUGCACCGGCUGCUGCUCUUUUAACCGGCGUGAGGGAAGGAAGGAAGGAAGAAACAACGGCGUGAACCGCGAGGCCUCUGCGGGCUUUGAAUGCUGCCCGGUGGAAUUCGCAAUCGGCGGCUCGUCGGACGCAAGGGCGACUAGCCAGACUUCGAAAGAAAAGAUUGCCCACCUGCCCGUCGCCAUCCCCUGACCCCCCUCGACAGCCAUGGGGAACACCAGCAGCGAACGGUCCGGAGUCGAGGGCCGGGGGGGUCAUAAGACCCCUCGAAGAGACAGCCCCGGGGGAUCAAAGGAUGGAGACAGACCCAAGAUUUUGAUGGACAGUCCCGAAGAUGCUGACCUCUUCAAUGCGGAAGAAAUGAAAGCUCCGAUGGAGAAAGACGAAUUCCUGGCUUGGCAACAUGAUCUGGAGGUGAGCGACAAGGCUCCCACCCAGGCUCAGCCCACCGUCUUCCGGUGGACUGGCGGCGGCAAGGAAGUUUAUUUAUCGGGCUCCUUCAACAGCUGGAACAAACUCCCGCUUACUCGGAGCCACAACAAUUUCGUAGCGAUCCUCGAUCUUCCAGAAGGCGAACACCAGUACAAGUUCUACGUGGACGGUCAGUGGACUCACGAUCCUGCUGAGCCUGUCGUGACCAGCCAACUAGGAACCGUCAAUAACGUGAUCCAAGUGAAGAAGACCGACUUCGAAGUCUUCGAUGCUUUAAUGGUCGAUUCCCAAAAAUGCUCCGACGUGUCAGAACUGUCGAGCUCGCCCCCCGGACCGUAUCACCAGGACCCCUACAUCGUCAAGCCGGAAGAGAGGUUCAAGUCACCCCCAAUCCUUCCCCCCCACCUCCUGCAAGUCAUCCUGAACAAAGACACUGGGAUUUCCUGCGAUCCGGCACUCCUUCCUGAACCCAACCACGUCAUGCUGAAUCACCUCUACGCCCUGUCCAUCAAGGACGGCGUGAUGGUGCUGAGCGCCACCCACCGUUACAAGAAGAAAUACGUCACCACGUUGCUGUACAAGCCCAUAUGAAAGAGGGCAGGGAAAGCGGACUUUCGUCCGAGAAAGAGAGAGAGAGAACGGAAUGGCCAUCACAAAUCACCCCAACAUCAUCCCUGUCAUCGUUGUCGUCCCCCCCAAAAAAGAGAAGAAUCCCGUUUGGUUGAACUGGGUUGCCUUGCUUUUCCUCGCCUGCAACUUUGGAUCCAGAUUUAGCAGCUCUGGUUUUUUUGUCCCGUCGAGCGCGAAGCUUGCCUGCGAGAAACACGAAGGCCAUCCAAACUGCGCAGGCCCAAUUAACCUUGAAAAUCCAAUUCUUCAACACUUCCUAACCCCAAAAAGCCAGAGGAUGGCUUUUUUUUUGGUUUUUUUUACAACAGCCAAAGAGGGGGACGAGGGCGGCCUCGAAAUCAAUUUGUUUCUGGAAAACGUCUUCAUCCUACACCGUAGCGUCACCGUAGGGCCAAACCUGCCGUUUUGUUUUUAAUUUAAAAAAAAAAAGAAAAAAUAGUUUGGAGUUCAUGAUCACAGCAGCAAUAAGGACCAAAGAAAGAGGGGAAGUCAGCAGCCUCGGUGCUUUCGACGGUUGGGUGGAUCCUCGGCCGUCCCAACAGCUUUAUUCCUCGGGAUGAUCCACUCAAAAAGGCAGCAUCCCACAGCCAGUAUUUUAGGUCCGCCGGUCUUGUAACUUUGGUAUUUACCCUGUUCGGAAAAGGGGUUUUUAAUAAAUAAAGGCACCGUGGAAAAAGAAAAGAGGUUGCGCUUUUA